GUUGCCUGAUCAAAAAAGAAAAAAAAAACGUGUUGACUGUGAAGUGCUCAUUUUGUACUGUUGUGGAAAAUUUAGGAUUGUUUAGCACAAAUAGGAGAAUGGCGGCAUCAGCUCACGUCCAGAAUUAUCAGCCGAAACAGAAGUACAAGAAAAAGCAGCAGGUCUACAGUGAGGACAUAGCAGUGUUCACCAGGAACGGAUCCAUUCGCACUAUGCCCUCUCUGGCCAACCGGCUCAAAACUGUCACAGAGCCAGUUCUUGGUCUACAAUAUGUAUGGGAGUAUUGCAGCCCCAGCAAGUCAGUCCCUCCUCAUUACAAGUGUAGUCUGUGUAAGGUGCAGCAGCUGCAACAUGAAAUGGUGGCUCAUAUAAUUGGAUGGAAGCAUUGUUUCAGAUACCUGAAAAGUGCUCAUCCAAAAAAAGUGUUCUACAAAGAAGGGGACAUAAAACAGGACGCGGAGGCUAAGAGGACCAUCAGAGCGAUUGCUGCUGAGGUUGAGAAAGCUGAGGGCAGAGGUGAAAUCGAGGUUAUCAUGAUGGAACCUGCUGAUGUACCAGGCUUUGAGAACAUGAAGUCUGCGUUUCCUACUGCUGAAGGACCAGGUGCUACAAGUCUGCUUGGAUCAGUUCCUGGAGGUUUUUACCCAUGUAGACCAGUUAGUGUUUUUUCACAACCCCCCAUCUCAGAAGAGUUCCCACCUCGGGGUGGCAUGAUGACAGAUUUUCUUCCCAGCAUGCCUGCUGCUGCUCCAGAUCGCAUCCCCAUGAGUGGACUCUCCAGCUCUAGCCACUACGAACCAGACAGGAUGAUUGGAGGCCCAGAGAGCAUGCAGCAUUUACGCAACAGCGGAUCCAUGAACAUGGGCUCAGAUGGAUUUGGGAUGGAUCCACGAAGCGAGGACAUGGGCAGACCUUACCCUGAUGAUCUGCCAAUGAACGGCAGCGAUAGAAUGAUGAGAGCUAAAGGCCCAGAGUCAGGCAGUACCCUCGCAACUCUUCUCAGCUAUCUGGACACAUUCCGCAUCGAGUCUGAAGACGAUGCUCAGAUUGUGCUGAAGAUCACACAGAAGCUCACGGACGUCUUGAUGGAAUACCGUCUUAGGAUUAUCUCCUCUGGAUCUCGAACGAAUUCUUCCAACCUGCCAUUGAGCUCCAACAGAUUAUCCGACAGCAUGUCCGGUCCAUCAAGAUUCUAUAACUGAACAGCCCUUGGGAUGCUGUCCGACAUAUUUUAAUUUUCUUCGUGUGGCAACUGUUUUAAAUGUACAGUCCGCUCCAAAAGUAUUGGCACAGCAAGACCAGUUCUUUUUGUUUUUGCAAUAUAUGGAAGAUAAUUGGGUUUGAGAUCAAAAGAUGAAUGAGACGACGGGUCAGAAUUUCAGCUUCUAUUUCAUGAUCUUUACAUCUAAAUGUGUUAACGUAGAACGUGGCACCUUUGGUGGCAGACCAAAGUAUUGAAGUAACAACAUUUAAUGUUUGGUUGCAAAUAACUUGAUAAAACCAGCGACCCACUGACAUCAGGGAACUGUUGCAUUCUUCAUUUGUGAUGCUUUUCCAGGCUUGUACGGCAGCUUCUUUCAGUUGUUGUUCUUUAUUUUCUUCUUUCUUCAGGAGGUAAAAUCCAUGAUCUGUUGGGUUAAGGUCUAAGGAUUGGCUUGAGCUGCCCCCCUCGGAUGAAGUCUUUUGUUGCGUUAGCAGUGUUUUUUAGGUCAUUGCCGUGCAGCAUGAUGAAGUUCCUCCCAAUUAGAUGAGAUGCGUUUCUCUGUAACUGUUUCUGAAGGCUUCUGUAGACUUCUUUACAUCAUCGAUAAAGAUUAGUGAGCCCGCUUCAGAAGCAGUCGUGCAAACCCAAGCCAUGCCACUGCCUCCACCAUGCUUGACUGAUGAGCAUGUAUGCUUUGGAUUAUGAGCAAGCAGAUCCUUCUUUCUCCAAACUUUGUUAGAUGUUAAUCUUGGUUCCAGAACUUUUUGUGUCUGAUCUCUGUAUUGAUUGAUUUGCAAAUUCCACUUCAGUCUUCAUAUUCUUCUUGGUGAUGAGUGGUUCGCAUCUUGUAGUAUGGCUUCCAUAAGGCUUCUUUGAACAAUGGAUAGUGAUACCUUCAUCCCUCCCCUGUGGAGGUUCUUGGUGAUGUCACUGACUGUUAUUUUUGGGUUUUUCUUCACAGUUCUCACGGUUUCUGACUUCAGCUAUUGUUGUUAGAUGGCAGGUUGUUAGUAAACCAGUAGCUUCUUUCUUUCCCAGGACAUUCCAAGUUGUUUCAUUGGCUAUGCCCAAUGCUUCUGCACAUGCUUAGAUUGCUUUUCCCUCUUUUCAUAUCUUCAAAAUGGCUUGUUUUUCUCCCGUAGACAUCUCUGUGGUCUGCAUGUGGGUUUAUCCUUUUUAACAAAUUCAGUCUUUGCAGGUGAAACCCGGGGCUCAAACCAAGAGUAGACCUUUAGUGCUAUUAGUUUAAACAAUCAAUCGAACAGAGCGUACCUGGGCAACAAGAAACCUGUCACCUUCUUCAACAUUUUUGGAUUGCUUGAAAAAUGGGUGGGUACAAACAAAAGGUGCCAAGUUGUUGAACACUUCUAGAUGUAAAUAUCAGGAAAUGAAAAGCUGAAAAACUGAUCUCCAACUCGAAUGUGUUCGGUGUAAAGCAGCAAAAAGGAAAUGAAUUAGCCGUGCCAUUCAAAUACUGUCCGAGGGGAGUUUACUUCUCACUACAAACCUUUUUGUAUUUUAUGUUUUAAUUUAAGGCCAAAUUUCCUGGACUUAAAUAAGCUUGUUGUGUUUGUACUAUCUUCUGUUUUGUAGAACAUUCCCUGAAAAGAUCUUUCAUCAAGUUGAUACAGGAUUAUCCUGACUUUAGUGAUUGAUUAAUAAUCCUUAUAUUUAUAGGUUUGUUUAUAAGGACUUUAAGAAAUGUU